CAUGGGAGUUGCAAACAAUAUGGUGCUAUCAAUACGUCCCCAAGGGCUAGCACUUGCAAGGAUCCCAAUACAAUGUCACCAAAACAUCACAUCCAAAAUCCCCUUAAAGUCCCAAAAGACACACUCAAUGCCACCUGAGAAAAAAGAAGUGUUCAAAUCACUAGAUAAAUGGGCAGUGCAAGGUCUUUUGCCACUCAUCAAGCCUGUAGAGGAAAGCUGGCAGCCCCAUGACUUGUUGCCAGACUCGUCGCUACCGGCAGACGAGUUCUUCGAUCAAGUGAAGGCUCUAAAAGAUCGAACGGCCGAGCUUCCAGACGAUUAUCUUGUAGUAUUGGUAGGUGGCAUGAUAACUGAGGAAGCAUUGCCAACUUACCAAACAUGGGUGAACGGGUUGGAUGGUGUUGAGGAUGAGACUGGUUCAAGUUUGACACCAUGGGCUAUAUGGACACGAUCUUGGACUGCUGAAGAAAAUAGACAUGGAGAUUUACUCAAAACAUAUCUCUAUCUAUCUGGUCGAGUUGAUAUGCACAUGAUUGAGAAAACCAUCCAUUAUUUGAUUGGAGCUGGCAUGGAUUUAGGUACUGAAAACAACCCAUACAUGGGUUUUGUGUACACAUCUUUCCAAGAGCGAGCCACAUUUGUGACACACGGCAACCUAGCUCGAAUGGCUAAGGAGAGAGGUGAUUUUACGCUUGCACGCAUAUGUGGUACGAUUGCCGCAGAUGAAAAGCGCCAUGAGAAUGCAUACGUGAAGAUUAUCGAGAAGCUUCUAGAAGUAGAUCCCACGGAGACUAUGACGGCCAUAGAGAAUAUGAUGCGACACAAAAUUACAAUGCCCGCGCACUUGAUGCAAGACGGGCAGGAUUCACGACUCUUUGAUCAUUAUUCUACGGUAGCACAACGUAUGGGCGUGUAUACGACUAAUGAUUAUGCUGAUAUUUUAGAUUUUUUAAUUGGAAGGUGGAAAUUGGAGAAGCUUGAGGGGUUGACUAGUGAGGGAAAACGUGCACAAGAGUUUGUGUGUGGACUUGCACCUAGAAUAAGGAAAUUGCAAGAACGUCUUGAUGAGAGAACAAGCAAGAUCAACCACAAAUUCACAUGGGUCUUCAACAAAGAAGUGUCCUUUUGAAGAUUUAUAGCAUUUGGUUUGAUAGUUUGUCUAUGAUUAUGAGAGUUUACUUAUGAUUUGACAUGCUAUGGUUGAUAUAAAAAUCUCCAAAUAAUAUGGUGUUCUCGAUUAAAUUGGUGACAACUAAGGAAGUGGAAGAUAUGAACCUUCUCGACCUAGAUUGAGAAUUUUAUCAAGUAUCGGAGCCAAUACCUGCUUGAGUGUCUUUAUCUUCACUUUGGUGUGUUGUUAUUGUUUCGGUGGAAAUCGGUACAAAUCGGUGUUGCUCUUAGCUGGUUCUUUUCUAGAGAGUUCAAUUGCAUUGCUUUGAGUUUUCUUUUCUUUUUAAUUUGGAUUGUAUUUCACUUGUAUUAGUGGUUAGUGCUUUGUGACGAUUUUGUUGGCUGUUGGGUAUCUCUUGUAUCUUCUUCAGCCCUAUUAUUUUGUACCUUGGAUUUUAGUGUCCUUUAUCUAUUUAUAGUAUUUGG